AUGGGAUCUACUUGGCAGCCAUCUCGGAACAAGGCCCAGGGCGAGGAACCUGUAAACCUUGAGGUCCGCAAGUACUUCGAACCAUCGGGAAUCGGCAAUCGAUCGGAAUGGCAGCUUCGGCCGGAAAUCCCCUCCGCGGAUGAGAUCCUCGGGGCUGAUACGUCUGACGAUGGGGUCCCGCUGCCGAUCAAUAACAUUGAGGGUCCCUGGGAAAGCAAGGACCAGUAUCUCGAGGCCCACUACAAGCUGCUCAGGGAGGAGGCAGUUGGUCCGAUUCGAGAUGCUGUGUCUGUACUUCGAGAGAACCCGUUUGCUGCGGACAAUGCCAAAGACUGCCAUGUCUAUGACAACGUCUACAUUACUGGAGUCACUGUUACUCGCUCGGGCUUGGCGAUUCACGUUCGAUUUUCCACUCGCUGUGCCCUCGAUAGCAUUGACUGGGCCUCUUCGACCCGCCUUCGACCUGGAACAAUUGUUGCCAUGUCGCCAGUGGGUGACAACUUUCGGACCAAAUGUCUCGUUGUAACAGUGGCAUCCCGACCGCUGGAGAACGUUACGAAAAAUCCCCCCGAAGUUGACCUCUUUGUGAGAUCUUUCGACAAUCUCGACCUGGAUCCUCAGAAACCAUGGCUCAUGAUCCAAUCUUCACUUGGCUAUUUUGAGGCAACUAAGCAUACAAUGACGGCCUUGCAGAAGCUUGCCACAGAGAAAUUUCCGCUCAGCGAAAGGAUCUGUAGUUUAAACACCAACAUCGGGGUUCCUGCAUACAUUCAAGCGCAGCCUGUGAUGAGCUUUGAGUCGUUGCCUGAACUGACUGGUCCCCAACGUCAGAAUCCCGUUCACAAUGUCAUUGAUGAUUGGCCGGCCAUGCCAAUGGGACAGCUCGAUGCAACUCAAUGGCUAGCUAUGAGGGACAUGGUCACUCAGGAAAUUUCCAUCACCCAGGGUCCGCCCGGAACGGGCAAGACCUUUACCUCGCUCACGGCCCUGCGACUUCUGCUGGCAAACAAAUGCCCUAAAGAUCCACCAAUCUUGAUUGCUGCGCAGACGAAUCAUGCACUUGAUCAGAUCUUGAAGCAGGUUGGCGCCUUCGAAAAGAGCUAUGUUCGACUGGGCUCGCGAAGCACCGAGAAUGAGGUUCGCCAGCACACUAUCUUUGAGAUCUGGACCAACGGCAACGCUAUCAAGGUCUACGGUGGGAUGAUGCAGCCGGCCACAAAGCAGCACAUGGCUCUUUCGAGAAAAAUCGAAUCUAUCCUCGAGCCUCUGAAAGUGAUGAACAACUCGGAUAAGCCGCUGCUUCCAAAUAUUCUGGUCCGGUAUGGACUCCUGACGGAGGAACAACUGAAGUCCCUUCGUAGCGGCGCCGUCGGUUGGGUGCAGGGCGAUACCAGUACCAGCGCCACGUCGAGCACGACUGCUAUGUCUGACGACGAACUCUUCCAUGCCUGGCUUGGAGAUUCAGUGACAGAGUUUCAAUAUCCUUACGUGGAGGAAUUUGAGCCUGACGCUAGCCAAGACUCCGAAGACGAAGAACUCAAAGAACAUCAACUUGAGAACGAGGAAGGCGAAGCAGACUGGUUCACUAUCAAAGGCAUAGCAAUAAAAUUCACGCCAGGAUUCUGCGCUACGCAUACUCAAACCCAGGUCCAAAAUGCCAAGCUCCUGUCUUAUCUUGCAACAGAUGAUCUCUGGAGCAUUCCCAAGCGACACCGCGGUUUCGUCUAUGAUGCUCUUCGCAAAAGACUAGUCUCAAUUCUUGGGAAGAAACUUGUCGGUCUGCAGGAAGAAUAUGAAGACUGCGCGAAGACCGCCCAGAUUAGCAGGUGUGAGCGAGAUUUCCCCAUUCUGCGAAGGGCAAAUGUCAUCGGGAUGACAACCACCGGAUUGAGCAAGUACCGAGGUGCACUUGCAAGCGUGAACCCUCGCGUGAUACUCAUUGAGGAAGCCGCCAGCGUCAUUGAAGCACCGGUUGCAGUUGCCUGUCUGCCAACCAUCCAGCAGCUCAUUCUGAUCGGUGACCACCAACAGUUGAGAGGCAACUGCGCCGUUAAUGAGCUGACCAAGUGGCCCUUCAAUCUCGACGUCUCUAUGUUUGAGCGGCUGGUCAUGAACGGCAUGAAGUUCAGCAGGCUCGGAGUCCAGCGACGAAUGAUCAAAGAAAUCAGCCGGCUCGUGGCUCCUGUUUACGAGGACCUGCAAGAUCAUCCAUCUGUUAACCACAGAGCUUUGAUCCCCGGCAUGGGAACUACUCGGUCUUAUUUCUUACAACACAGCGAACCUGAGAGAAAGGACUCUGCUUCAUCCUAUACGAAUUGGUUUGAAGCCGCAAUGGUGAUCGGACUUCUUGGUCAUUUUCUGAAGAACGGGGUUCCGGCCGACCAAAUUACUAUCCUGACUUUUUAUCAAGGCCAGCGAAAGCUGAUCAGCAAGCUCAAACGACAGGGCUCCAACCUUUUUAUCCCUUUCGUGGAAAUUGCAACAGUGGACUCAUACCAGGGAGAAGAGAACCGUAUCGUCAUACUCUCUCUCGUUCGGAGCAAUUUGAGACACGAGAUUGGCUUUCUUGAUGAUCUCAACAGGUCUGCCGUUGCCUUGUCCCGGGCAAGAGAUGGAUUGUUUAUCUUUGGUAACGCUAGAAACCUCGUUCCGAAAAGUGAUUUCUGGGCUGAGGUCGUCUCGGAGAUGUCCAAAGAUGGGAUGCGCCGAUUCGGGACCGCUCUGUCUUUGUAUUGCUACCAGCACAGAAAGCAAACAUUGAUCAAAGCACCAGAAGAUUGGGACGUGAUUGAUGUUGGGUGCUCGGAGCGUUGCGGGGGCAGACUGCCAUGCAACCAUCCAUGCCUUGACUACUGCCACGGUGGUGAGCACGAUUGGGUCUCCUGCGAUGAACCCUGCGAUUAUGUGUGUCCGAAGUGCGAGAUUCUCUGCACUCAUCUUUGCUCGCCUCCACACGAACACAUCUGUGACUGUGAGAACAAGGUCGUUCCUUAUGGGCACGUCGGACCGUUCUACAGUUUCGGAAAUACCCAGAAAGACUCAUCCGACAGCGGAGAUGAAAGCAAGACAUCGCCCGAUUCCCCACCUCGAGGUCGGUCUCGUACUGCCCGUCCUCGUCGCCCUCAGGCGGAGGACCUAGCUCGUCGUCCUCGUGAGGAGAACCUAUCUCAACUCCUCGAGAGGCACCAAGCCGAGCUCGCUCAGAAGGUGGAAGAGGUUACCGGGUCCAGUGCCAUCAAGGAUGACCAGGCGCGUCCUGCUGUUCCAGCAUCGCAGCGCACUGGCCCCCCCGAAACAAGAACCUACUCUUCCACAGAGGAACCGAGAGCAGGAAGCCAUUCGCGGCCGCAACAAGGUUGCCAGAGACUCUGCCGCCGCGAAUGCCCAGGCGAGCCCUCGGGCUGCAAACGCACAGCCUACGGGCCGCCCGAACCAGGGAUUUGGUAUGUCGCAACGCGAUAA